AUGGUUGAACGAACAAAUUCUCUCAGUAUAGCAAAGGUGGAGGCGACGACGGAAGAAUAUGAAGCAGAGGCAAUUAAUAAGCAGCGGCAUGCUGCUACUGGUACACAACUUCAAAAACUCAAGGAGCAGCUAGACAGGCUGCAGAUGCAGAUGGAGGCAUUGAGAGCUACCAUUUCAGAGGUCCUGCUGACACAUAAGGACAGAGGAGAUGCCGGGAAGGAGCAGUUGUACCAGGUGAAGCCGAUUCACUCACUGCUAGAAGAUGUAAGACAAGAAGAGGAGGCGGGCCUGCAGCAAGAUGAGGGGCCCCUGCAGGAUGCAAUGGAUGGUAGGACAGCAAGCCAGAUGAAGCUGCGAGAGGAUAUGAUGAUGGAGGAAGUACAGCUGGAAAUUCGCACAAGAGCCGGGCGAAGGGGUCGCAAGGGUAAAAAGGGGCGCAAGGGUAAAAAGGGGCGCAAGGGUAAAAAGGGGCGCAAGGGUAAAAAGGGGCGCAAGGGUAAAAAGGGGCGCAAGGGUAAAAAGGGGCGCAAGGGUAAAAAGGGGCGCAAGGGUAAAAAGGGGCGCAAGGGUAAAAAGGGGCGCAAGGGUAAAAAGGGGCGCAAGGGUAAAAAGGGGCGCAAGGGUAAAAAGGGGCGCAAGGGUAAAAAGGGGCGCAAGGGUAAAAAGGGGCGCAAGGGUAAAAAGGGGCGCAAGGGUAAAAAGGGGCGCAAGGGUAAAAAGGGGCGCAAGGGUAAAAAGGGGCGCAAGGGUAAAAAGGGGCGCAAGGGUAAAAAGGGGCGCAAGGUCAGUGAUAAAGAAAUCAUUCAAAGUGUGGGGGAAGAAACUUAUAGCCAGGAGGAUGACAUUGUCAUUGCACCAGAUGCAGGACUGUCACCUGGUGGGGAAUUUGCAUGUCUUGACACUGUGUUAACAUGGAUGGAGCUGCAGCCUGAGUGUCACAACACACAGCUGCUCACUGUAAGCAUAUGCGAGACCUGGCUGCAAGAUAAUAAUUGA